AUGGCGCCCAACGACAGGGCGUCUCGCCGCAGGAAGAACCAAGAUAUCUCUGGUCCUGAUGAUACAUCUACUAGCGAUGCAGCCUCCAAGAAAGCUAAAGCCGAGGAACAGCGACGGAGAGAAAAAUAUGAGCUCGACUAUGUGCGCCUUCGCAAUGGGCAGAAGAUGGAACUUCCCUUUGACGAGGACUUUUGCGGCGUUAAUGCCCUUCCACAUAAAAGACACUGGAUGCGACUUCAGCAGCGACAAAAGCAAGUGAACAGCGAGAAUCCACGAGUACUACCAAAAACUUUGAAGGCCCCUGCUCCAUGGGUUCCCGAUCCAACUACCGAGGACAUCUCAAACGACCAUUACGGGUGCGAGGACAAGGAAGACCAAGGGAAUGGUCGUGUUUGGAACAACGAAAGGCCGAGCAAGAGAACGUGCAGGAGAUCGAAUGUGCCACCAAAACCGCCAAAGUCUCAAGAGUUCAUUUACUCAGAAGACGAAUCUGAUGAGGAAGAGCUUCCAGAGCACAUAAUAAGAAAGACGCCGCCCACUUUUAUGGGCAUCCCAAGAGAGAUUAGGAUGAAGAUAUAUCGCCAUCUGCUUCUCAGCGAGAAGCCAAUCACUGUGCACGGAGGAUGGAAACAGGUUCACAGGAACAACCAGUUGAGUUUGCCUAUGAGCAUCCUUCGAACAUGCCAGGCUGUGCAUGACGAGGCCUGCGUCGUGCUAUACGGAGAAAAUGUGUUUGUAUAUCUUCUUCGCGAUCCGAUCUACCCUCAGCGCGCAAUUCUCGAUUUGGCGACGAAUGAUGACGUCCCAUCCGGCGACAAUGAAAGCGACAGUGGCUCGGAGUACGAGGACGAGGAGGGAGAUUCUCUUUUCUGUAACGAUCACAGAGAGAGAUGCAUAGACGUCGACAAGUAUGCGCAUCUCUUUCGGAAGAUUGUUGUUGAAGCAGAACACAAUCGAUACUCGAAAGCAACCCAAGAGAGUAUGGCUGAGGCAAUAAGACUCUUCGCGAAUAGCGGCGACACUUGCAACAUCCGUACACUGACCGUUCGCAUAUCACCUCUUUGGAAUGAGGAGGGAUAUGAGCCCGCGGAAGGGCGUUUCACUUUUAUUGACUUCUUCGAGCCCAAUACGCCUGUUCACCUGGCCAUCAAAGCUCUCGACUGCCAGAUGGUCCACGUCGAGAUACUCACCAGAUACAUGAGCCGGCAGUCUUCCAACUCGGCCAUUACCUGGAGCGAAGACGGUUCCGUUCGUCUUACUGUGAACAGACGCUGGGAAAGAUUCCACAACGUGAUCCGCCAAGGAAUCGCGCAUCAAGGCGUUCUCGACGAAAGAGACGAGGUCAUGCAGCUUCGGAUGAGGGAAAUGACCAACAGGACUUCAAGAGCGAUUGAUGAGCUGGCGAGACACGUUGAGGCGCAGUGCAACGAGAGGAAUUUUCACCAAGAUACGACCAUGGGCUUGGCGCUUAACUGGCCAAACAUUAACUUUGAUGAUUUCGAGGACAUGGACUAUUGA